AUGUCGCAUUCAAUCCAUUCUGCUGCUCACAAGAGUGUCAUGACUGAUAUUGAAAAACAACACGACAGAAUACAUCCUCAUGACCACCCAGUUACUCCUUUGGAAAAGCCAGACUUGUCUGCAAAAUCGAUAAAACAUUACUUUGCUACUAGACUUUCCACGUUGGUGCCAAAAGCUGAAGAUUUCAAAGAUAAGCGAUACAUUUUCAAUCCUUUCAUGGUGCUCCGUGAGUUGACACCCAAAAAUUGGAACUUCUUUAUGUGUGGUUUUGCUGCUUGGACUUGGGAUGCUGUGGAUUUUUUCUCUGUUUCUCUUAAUGUAACAAAUAUUGCUAAAGACCUGAAUGUCACCACCAAAGAUGUCACUUGGGGUUUAACUCUGGUGUUGAUGCUAAGGUCAGUUGGUGCUAUUUCGUUUGGUCUGUGGGCAGAUAGAAAAGGAAGAAAAUGGCCUUUUAUUUUCAACAUGAUUCUUCUCAUUGUUCUUCAAAUUGGACUGGGAUUUGUGAACACUUAUAAACAAUUCUUAGGAGUGAGAGCUGUAUUUGGUAUUGCUAUGGGUGCUGUGUUUGGUAACGCAUCCUCUCUAGCAUUAGAUGACUGUCCUCCAAGAGCCAAGGGAAUUGUUAGUGGUAUAUUCCAACAAGGAUAUGCCUUUGGUUACCUUCUGGUUGUGGUGUUUCAACGUGCUAUCACUGAUAAUGCUUCAAAAAGUUGGAGAGCGUUAUUCUGGUUUAGUGCCGGUCCGCCAGUGCUUAUCAUAUUAUGGAGACUGGUUCUACCAGAAACAGAUGCAUUUAUUGCCCAGCAAAACUUGAGAAUGGAAACUAGCGAUGGACAGACUGCCUCACAACAGUUCGUCAAACAGGGAAAAGACGCCUUGAGAGUCUACUGGUUGAUGCUUAUCUACAUGAUUAUCAUGAUGGCCGCAUUCAACUUUAGUUCUCACUCCUCCCAAGAUCUUUACCCUACUCUUCUAACAGUUCAAUAUGAAUUUGGUAAAGACAGAUCUACAGUUACUAACGUCGUGGCAAAUCUUGGAGCCAUUGUCGGAGGUAUUUUCUGGGGUCAUAUGUCCAACUUCAUUGGUCGACGUCUUGCAGUUUUGCUCUGUUGUAUAGUAGGUGGAGCUUUCAUUUACCCUUGGGCAUUUAUAAAUGGUUCAGGGAUCAAUGCUGGUGCUUUCUUCUUACAAUUUGCUGUCCAAGGUGGAUGGGGUGUAUGUCCAGUUCAUCUUGCUGAGAUGUCUCCGCCCCAUUUCCGAGCUUUUGUUACAGGAACCACCUACCAGCUAGGAAACCUGGCAUCAUCUGGAUCAUCUACUAUCCUGGCCGAUAUUGGAGAAAGAUUCCCCAUUUACGACGAGAAUGGAGUGCGGAAAGAGGGUGUUUAUGACUAUGCCAAAGUAAUGGCUAUAUUUAUGGGAGCUGUGUUUGCUUUCCUGUUUAUUGUGAUGUUGCUGGGUCCAGAAAGAAGAGGAGCCUCCAAUCUUGAUGAUCUCCAGGAUUACAUUGACGAUUGGGAGCAAAAAGAUCUGGACAACAAAAAAGGAAUUGAAACUGAGUUCAUCGAAGAUGUUCAGUUAAUGGAGGCUGUCUCUAAUGAGGACCUUUCUGAGAAAGGCAAUGAGAAAGUAGAGGCUUUUGAAGGAAAUAAGUAA